CACUUAUUCAGUUCUAACUCUCGUGGUGUGCACACCACCAACAAAAUUUAUUUAUUAAUGACUUCCUAGAAAUUUGAUUUAACAGUUUUCAAGUCUUACAAAAUGCGUGGGAUUUAUUUAAUCCUGUUGUUUUUAGUGAAUUUUACUGGACAUUUACUUACACAAGUUCCUCCUCAAGUCUUAGGAAAUCAACAUGUAAAACAAGAGAAAAGGAUAAGCCAACAAAUACUAGACAUCUUGGAGCAUUACAAACAAAAAGACCCGGUGGGUAUACCGGGUGCUCCGAUUCCAGACCCUUUAGAUGUACCACCAAUACAGAGAUCCAUUUCAUUUAGUACCAUUAAGAUGAUGAAUAUGAAAAUGUAUGGCUUAAAGAAUUUCCGGAUAAGUUCAGUUAAAGCUAACAUUGCUAAAAUGGAAGUUGAAGCCGCCCUAGACAUAGAUACACUAAAUGUUAUCGGGAACUAUACCCUUUCGACUUUAUUCAGCUCUACAAAGGGACCAUUUACAGUAAAACUCAGUAAAGUCUACGUAAAGGCCACAGCUAAACUGGAAAUAGACAAAGAUGGACACCUGGAGGCACAGGAUAUGCUGAUGGAUAUGAAGUUUAAAGACAUGUCGAUGGAUUUCAAAAACCUGGGCAGUUUCGCAUCACUUCUGCAAGGCAUUAUGAAUUCAAUGGGUACUUUUGUUUUCGACUCUAUUAAGCCGUUUGUGAUCGAGCAAGUUAGUAGAGAUAUUCGAAAGCAAAUGAAUACGGAAGUUCAAAAGUUUCCUAAGAAAUUUCCUAAUUCGAUAACUCCGUUCGAUCAGCUUGUAUCCGAGGUGAGGAAGAAAGUCAGGAAGAUGGGAUACGAUCCGUAUAGAGUUCCUGAUUAUAAUACCACUGUGGGUGUGUUGGACAUAUAUCUUAGCCAUACGUGGGUGUAUGGUAUUUCUUCUUUCUACAGAACCAGAGAUAUUGUUUUUGAAGUUAAAAAUAACACUGUUUCCGCGCUACUUGAAGUGGGAACCCAAAAAUUACUUGGUACCAGUCAUUGGAAUUUUAACUUGGUUGCUGGUAUGAUGACAAGAAGUGGCACCAUCGAGUUCAGCGUCGAAUAUAUAAAGGUUGCAGUUUUGGUAAGUCAAACCAUGGACACCCGAAAUCCUCCGAACCUUGAUGACAUCCAAAUUGAACUUGGAAAUAUUCAAAUAAGAUUUGACGGGCUAGGUACCACAGAUUAUUUUAUCGAAUUUGCUAUAAAUGUUUUGCCAAAUUUACUGAGAUAUCAAAUAAUGGAUGCACUAGAGAAGCCGGUUAAAUUAAGAAUCCAAGAGGUUUUGAAUACUGUUAAUGUGGAAAAAUUAGUGAGAGAAAAUGCCGACAAAAUAGAUGACCAGAAAGCUUUAGAGAAAAUGUUUUAAGUAAACUACUUUUUUAUUUAUUUAUGCUAAUAAAAUGUUUUCUUCUUUA